CACAAAACAUUUAGUGGUUACAUGUCAGUGGCACGCAGAACAAAGUGCGCGUUAAAAUGUCGAACUUGAAUGACGACAUGCGAUUAAAUAUCGAGUUCGUUAAAGAGGUUGAACGAUACCCGUGCUUAUACAACGUCCAUGAUGGGGAAUAUAGUAACAAAGAAUCGGUCGAUAAAGCGUGGAAAGAAAUCGGGGAAAGAUUUCGGGGAUUAAGUGGUAACGAUUUAAAAAUCAAAUGGAGAUCCGUCAGAUCCUCCUUCUCACGUAGUUUCAGGACAAAAAAGGAAUACUACUUAGGGCCAUAUCUGAAUUUCUUGCUCCCCUUCUCGAAAUCACGAUACAUAGACGAUAGUUUCGUGGAAAUAGUGAAAAACGAAAGCGAGAACUAUAAAUUGGACGAUGAUUCGUCACGGAGUAGUAGCGAAUGCGUACUUGAAAUAGUAGAAACAAAGUGUGAGGAGGAAGACGAUGAAUUUAGAGAACAAAACGGUAACAUACAAGUAUCAACUUUACCGGAAUUGAAAGAAGGGCAAAGUAGAGGAAUCAGGAAAAAGGGUAGCCGGUCACAAAUAUUAUCGCAAUACACGAAAUCGAGACUAUCACCGCACGAAUGUUAUCUGAAAAGCCUAAUGCCAGAUGUCAGUGCCAUGGAUCAAAUACAAUUUUUCAAUUUCCGGAGAGGAAUACUGAAUAUUUUAGGUAAAAUCAAAUACAGGGCCACCCCUGCGACUGAAUCGUCGUGAAGUGUUCCCUAUUCUGAUAGGUGUGCAUCAUCAUGGAUUAGGAGAUUGUUUUUACUAGUUGGUAAACGCAACAGAAUGUAUCACAUUAAAACAAUUAUAAAAUAGUCUAAUAAAGUAAAUAAAUCAGUUGGUAAUCCUAACUGAUAUUAUAAAUGCGAAGGUUUGGAAAGGGAAUGUUUGUUUGUUAAUUUGGUUAUCAUUCUUUCACGCUUUGACUAAGCUAUCAAUAAACUUAAAUUUUGACAUAGAUUUAGUUGGGAAGAUGGACAAAUGGUUCCUACGGGAUUUGUAAAAUAAAACAUAAAAAAUGCGGACGGAGAACGAGAGCAAACAGCUAG